ACGAACAGCGACACCUGUCUUUGUCUCGCGUGGUCCCAUCAGCCUCGUUGCGUGCCCACGAUCAAGGCAUCCACAAGAGGGGCCAGGAGACAAAAGGCAACUUGGCCAACUCGCCCCAAGACGAGGCAAACGAGCCCGCCAAUCGUUAUGUCGGUUUCACAAUACCAGGCGCUCGACUCGUGCGAGUCAGCCGAUAUACCACACGCACGCCAAGCGCACGAUACCUUGCCAAGGACCCCGCGCUUCACGGUCGCCGCUGCUGCCACCGCUGCUCACCCUGAUCAGCCGUACCGCGGCGAACUGCUGGCUCAGCAGCCUGCUGAUGUGGAGGUGGAGGUAGAAGACGAAGAUAACGAGUACGAGGAGGAAAAGGCGCUCUUGCCGUCCUCGUAUGCGCAACACUCCUCCACGUCCUCGACCUGGCACAAGGCCGCCAACGCGCUACCGCGCAAACGGCGCCCUAGUAGGCGUUUUCGCCUGCUGCUCGUCGCCAUCUGCACCUUGCUCCCUGUUUCCCUUGUGCUUCUUCUCUUCUCUCCAGCCUCCGUCUGUCGGCACAUACGCACAGGCGUGUCCAGCAGCCUGCAUGACUUCUUCGGCGACGCCGACUCUACAACCGCUUCGUACGCAUCUCACUUUUUCGUCGACAGCGCUGUCUCGGACGUCGACGAGCAGGCCAAGAAGGGUCGCGUCAGUGUCAAAAAGGAUGCCACGCCGGCGGCUACAGCCCCAUCCCCUGUCAUUGCCUUCGGAACUGGCAUCGGAGACGUUACCGGUCCAAUCGUCCAGACAAACAUGAUGGGCUACGCUUCUCUUCCUCAAGUUAACACGGGCCUGCAUACUCGCAAUCGAGCACGCGCCUUUAUCGUCGGCUCCUCGACGUCCACCAUCCCUGUCCAGUCGCCGCCUCUGCCGCCCGAUGUUCCGCAGUCAGCAGAUGCGGUGAAGUCUGACCCGGGCGGAUACCCGGACCCCUACGACGGGCUCGCGGACCGCUGGCUCUUCCUUAACACGGACCUGUGUAUGGGCGACACUGCCAUUCGCCGGGGAGUCAUCGCCAAACUACGCGACGCUUUCCCCGGGGUCUACGGCGAGCGCAACGUCGCCUUUGUCGGAACACACUCCCACAGCGGUAUUGCAGGCUUCCACAACAACCUCUUACCCACCGUCACUUCUUCUGGCGUUGUCAUGGAGAACUACGACGCGAUUGUCGCCGGCGCUUUUGCCGCUGCUGUGCGUGCGCACAACGACUUUGAGGCGCGGCGCACUCGCGUGACGACCGCUUCUGCUGCUUCGCUCAAGCUCUCCUUCGGAAACGUGACACUCAAGGAUGCGCAUGUGAAUCGCUCGCCUUACUCGUACCUGUUCAACCCGGCAGACGAGAGGGCGAGGUACGAUAGCAACCAGGAAGAUGAGUUCGGGCUGCUAAAGUUUGAGGAAGGCGAAGAGGCGAAGGCUAUGCUCAGCUGGUACGCUGUGCACGGCACGAGCUUGAACGAGAACAACACGCUCACCAGCACGGACAACAAGGGCCUCGCAGCGCUAUGGAUGGAGCAAGCCAUGGACCCCAAUGCUCUACCUGGCCGAUCGUCUUUCGUCGCCGGCUUCUCACAGUCUCAAGUCGGCGACACGUCACCCAACACCCUCGGGGCAUUUUGCCCGGACGGCUCGCCGUGCGACUUCAAGACGUCGACAUGCAACACGGGUGCCCUCGGCGCCAACGAGACCCAGACGUGUCUCGCUCGCGGACCAGGCUUCGGCGACGAAGUUGCGCGCGCGCUCAGCCCAACGGGCGGAUACGAUUGGAAAAGCAACGAGAUCAUCGCUCAGUAUCAGGUCGACGCCGCCAAGAGCAUCCUCGGGAGCGACAAUCUCAUCGAUGUCGUAGGCGCCGUCAAGUCUGUAAAGAUGAACGUCGACAUGAGCAGCUACAAAUUCACUCUCGCCAACGGGUCGGAAGUGCACACUUGCCCUGCAGCGCUUGGGUUUGGUUUUGCAGGCGGUACCACGGACGGACCUGGCGCUUUUGACUUCCGCCAAGGAACGAAUGAUACCGACCAUGCCGACCCUUUCUUCAACAUCAUCUCUCACCUAAUCCGCCCUCCCAACCGAAAGCAGACUGCAUGCCAAGCACCCAAACGCAUCCUGCUGGACACUGGUGAACUCAAGAUUCCGUACCCCUGGAGCCCCAACACAGUCGAGACGCAGAUCCUUCAGGCUGGCAAUCUCUUCAUCACUGUCAUGCCGGGCGAGUUUACCACAAUGAGCGGUCGCAGACUCAAGGAUGCCGUUCGUGCCGCUAUCAUCGCCAAUGACGUGCACUCGAACCCGAUCGUCAUGCUCUCCGGCCCCGCUAAUACGUACGGUCACUACAUUGCUACGCGCGAGGAAUACACGUCGCAACGCUAUGAAGGAAGCAGCACACUGUAUGGGCAAUUCACUUUGGAGGCGUACAUUGACAUUUACACCAAGACGCUCGUCCCUGCGCUCAAGGAUCAAGCCCCCGAUCCCCCCAAGGGCAACAUGGUUGCGAUCAACAUCGCCAAGGCUUUGUCCUUCCAUUCUCCAGUCGUCUACGACAAUCCCCCGCCGCUGAAGCACUUUGGCGAUGUGCUCAAGCAGCCACAUGCGACGUACACUGUUAACAGCAACGAUCCAGCGCGCAACAACGUCACUGUCUCCUUCGUCGGCGCCAACCCUCGCAACAACCUCCGGCUCGACAGCACGUUCUUUGAAGUGCAACAGCAGGCCGGCAACGGCUCAUGGCUUGUCGUCCGCACGGAUGGGCAUCACACGACUACCAUGCGCUGGACGCAGACGAACGGGUUGAUCGGCAGCAGCCGGGUUGACAUCGCAUGGGCCAUUGAGAAGGACACGCCUGUGGGCACCUACCGUAUCGUUUACUAUGGUAGCAGCAAGACGCCUAUUACAGGAACAAUUAAAGACUUCACUGGAACCAGUCAAACAUUCACAUUGCAGUAACGCCUUCAAGGUAUUGCGUUGCUUGGAUGCCUCCAUUAUCAUUGCUAUUACCCUUGUCUUUUCUCUCACUGCCGACGUUGCUUCCCCUGCCGUGCAUGUACU